AUUACGGGAUAAUAAACAAGUAAGAGAGAUACAGCUAAAGUUAGAUAGAGAGAGAAAGAUCAACAAAUAUGUAUCGUAUUAAGAGGACGAGGAGUGUGAGUGGAAGUAAAAGUAGCAGUGAAUGAAAGGAGUGUUGUUGUUGCUAUGCUUGUGCUACUCGGUGGUAGUUGAUGGUGGUGGAGUGUCGGUGUGUCCGAAGGUGAGUCUGCCUUGGUAUCCACACUGAACUCUAUCUUUCUACCGUCCCGUUUCUUUUGGCAGACACCACAAAUAAUAUAUAUGAACAGUCCCACAACUAACUUCCAGUGAAAAACAGAGGUUAAUUAGUGAAAAAUAAAACCCAAAAGAUGGGCAUUGUUCUAGGACAUACACUGGUAGCUACUUACCUCUAUUAUCGUAACAAAGACUGGUUUAAAUGUCGGCAGGCAGACGACAGAGUCAACGUUGGCCGCCGACAUGAAAAUAUAAACAACAGCAGCAAUAACAUGACAGAACAUCUCCAACAGGAACUUCAUGAGAGUCUGCGAGCUGUAUCAAAUAUUUCUGAGCUUAAAACUGCUUUAGGUAGUCUGCUGUCGGAUUUACUGUAUGCUACGAGUAAAAUAUGUAUAUAUUUUGAAGACAGUUUAACCGAGGAAAAAUCUGAUAUAUUGAAAGAAAACUUAGUUAGUAGAGCAUUUAGGCAAAAGAAACGGAUUAUAAGUUAUCCUACCGAUCAUUACCAUCCUGAGUAUCUCUCAAUAUCUCCCAACACAAUAUGGAAAACUGACAAUUCAGUGGUUGUGUGUUUACCUGUUCUGGGUUCUAGAGAGCAAGACAAACGUGGUGUGAUAGUAGCAGUUUGUGAUUACAUAGGAGAGGAACAGAAAGGGACAUUACAACUGAUUGAAAAUCAAAGAAAGAUGGGAUGCUUCAAAAGUCGAAGCAGAGCCAUUUCAGUGCCACUAGAAGAUGCUGUGAUCACUACAAACGCCGCUUAUAAGCGGUUAAAAUCUCAGGCGAUGGGCACGGACAAUAAAAGAGAUGCUGCAGUUCUUCAGCUCUGUGCUGAACUCUUUGAUCCUGAUGCAACAUCACUACAAUUGAAAGUCAUAAAAUAUCUACAAGAACAAACAGAUGCUGAAAUUGCAUUUUUACUUUUGAAUGAUAAGGACAACAAUGAUCUGUUUUGUCAGGUUGUCAGUGAUACAGUGCUACAGGAAGAAGUAAGAAUUGCAAAUGAAAAUGAACAUAGUACAUUUGGAGUGGCCCUUAAGGGAAAAGAACCAAUCUCUGAAAAAGACAUACCAAAUAAAAAUCUCAAAGAACUGGAAAAAUUAUUAAACAUCAGUAUCCAAACAUUUCUGUGUGUCCCAGUGAUAAGCAAAGCUGAUGAAAGCCUUAUUGCAUUGGUUUGUGUUGCUAAUAAGACGGACGGAUCAAGAUUCUGCCCUGAUGAUGUACACAUUAUCAAACAUUGUUUCAAAUAUACAGCUACAGUUCUUACAAGUACCCUAGCAUACCAAAAUGAGAGAAAGCUCAAAGAUCAAACUAAAGCACUGCUGCAGGUUGCUAGAAACUUGUUUACUCACUUGGAUGAUUUAACCAAAUUGUUAAGAGAGAUCAUGCAAGAAGCAAGAAACUUAACCCAAGCAGAAAGGUGUUCAGUGUUUUUGAUUGAUACUGAAACUGAAGAGUUGGUCGCCAAAGUAUUUGAUGGGAUUACCACUGAUAACAACGAGCCACAAUCAGAGAUUCGAUUCCCACGGUCACAUGGUAUUGCUGGUCAUGUAGCAACUAAAGGAGAACUGCUGAAUAUUCGGGAUGCAUAUUCUCACCCACUCUUUUAUCGGGUGAUCGAUGAAAAUACUGGCUUUAGGACACGAAAUAUUCUUUGCUUUCCAAUUCAAGAUGAAAAAGGUUGUGUGAUUGGAGUGGCCCAGUUAUGUAACAAGAAAACAGGCCCUUGUUUUACUGCAUUUGAUGAGGCUAUCGCUUCAGCUUUUGCUGUCUACUGUUGUAUAAGUAUUAGUCAUUCUCUUAUGUACAACAAAGUGAUAGAUUCGCAAGCCAGGAACAAUUUGAUAAAUGAACUGAUGAUGUAUCACAUGAAGGUUUCACCUGAAGAGACCAGUCAAUUGGUGUGUGAAACUGAUACAUUAACUGAUUUCUCUCUGGAUUUUGAUAAAUUCUCCUUUGCUCCUCGCUGGGUACCCGAAAAUGACACUUGUAAGGCUGUCGCCUUUAUGUUUGAAGAUUUAGGCUUCACCACCCGAUGGCGUAUUAGAAGAGAUUCUUUAGUGAGAUUCAUAUUAAUGGUCAAGAAAGGCUAUCGCAACCCUCCUUAUCACAACUGGAUUCAUGCGUUCUCAGUGGCUCAUUAUGCUUACGUCAUGGUAAAAAAUGCACGGUUACAUGAAUAUUUGGAUGAAUUGGAAAUAUUUGCUCUUUUUGUAUCCUGUUUAUGCCAUGACAUUGACCACAGGGGAACCAACAACUCCUUCCAAGUAGCUUCACAAUCUGUGCUAGCUGCUCUUUACAGUUCUGAAGGCUCAGUAAUGGAGAGACAUCAUUUUGCUCAAUCAAUGUGUAUUUUGAACACAGAGGGUUGUAAUAUAUUUGAAAACUUACCCAGCAAGCAAUACACCAGAGUGUUAGACUUGAUGAGGGAUAUUAUCCUUGCCACAGAUUUGGCUCAUCAUCUUCGGAUUCUGAAAGAUCUUGAAAAGAUGGUCACAGAAGGGUACGAUAAAAAUAGUCGUAAGCAUCACAAAAUGUUACUCUGUCUACUGAUGACAUCCUGUGACUUAUCUGACCAAACCAAGUGUUGGGGAGUGACUAAACAUAUCGCUGGACUGAUUUACCAGGAAUUCUUCUCUCAGGGUGACCUUGAGAAAGCUCUGGGUCACAAACCAAUUGAAAUGAUGGACCGAGAGCGUGCUAAGAUCCCAGAACAACAAAUUAGUUUUCUAGAUAAUAUUGCUUUGCCAGUUUUCAAUGUUCUAGCAAGAAUGUUUAGUGAAUGUAAAGAGUGUGAAGAAGCCGUGUAUGCCAACCGGCACCGCUGGGAGAGGAUCUGUCAGGUGCUUAAGGACCGUGACCGAAUGCCGAUUGAUGAAGUUCUUGCCCUGGAUUUUGACAGUAAUGGAGAUAUUAUAGGAUUAAAUAAGUAGAUCAACAUCACAACAUAUAUA